UAACAAGUCAGUCUCUUGCUGAAAAUCAACAAAAUAAGACCAAAAAGCACUCAGUUCCUCAAUUUUUUGUGAUUUUACAUCGAAUUGUGAUAAAAAUCCACGAAAACGAUUAAAAAGUCAUCAAAAAUCGACGACUCUCAUUCAGAGUUGGCAUUUUUUCGUACAAAAAAUCACACCGGCAAGCAAAAAAAAUCAUGAAUCCACAAAAAUUUGCAUUCCUCAUCAUUUCGUUGGCUUUCUCGAAUUUUCUUGCUGAAGUAGCUGCAAGUUGUAAAGGUUGUGUCGAGCUCGAUUCCUUAACUUUCGACAAAAUUCUCUCCAAAUUUCAAUAUUCCAUCGUAAAAUUCGACAUUUCCUACCCUUAUGGCGAGAAACACGAACAAUUCGAGGAAUUCUCGAAAGCUGCUGCGGAUGUUAGUGAGCUGCUUGUAGCUGAAGUUGGCGUCAAAGAUUACGGCGACAAAGAUAAUGACGAUUUGGCGCAACGAUUUAACGUGAAAACCGACAAAUUUCCUGUGAUAAAAUUAUUUGAUAGGCAAAACGUUGACAAUCCAAUUGAGUUUUCAGAUGCCGAAUGGACUGCUGACACGAUUCGAAAGUUCGUGCGACAAAAUUCGAAUCUCUAUAUUGGCUUGGCGGGUUGCGUGCGUGAAUUUGAUGACUUAGCGCGACGAUUUGCGGUAGAAUUUGACUCGGAAAGUGCUCGGCAAUCGAUUCUCGAAGAGUCGAAACAACUUGCGACGACUUUUGAGGGCAAAAAAGAGGAUUACGUGGCUAAAAUUUACAUCGCCUAUAUGGAACGAAUCAUCGAACGAGGCGGAUUAACGUUUGUACAAGCGGAAAAACAACGUUUGAAGAAAGUUCUUGAAGGAAAAGUCAGCGACACAAAGAAGGAAGAUCUGAAAAAGAGAUUGAACAUCCUUGAAUCCUUCGUUUUGCACGAAAAAUCAUCUGUCAAGAACGAACUUUGAACAAAUUAGCACAAUUUAUCUCUCUUUAAACAUUCCAACUGCACAAAAAUGCAUUUUUAUGACAUCUUUCGGUAUUAAAAACGUACUUAACAUUAAAAAUUGAG